CAUAGCAAGACUGAGAUUGUAACCCCAGUGUUUUCACGCACAUGCAGUACUUUGGUUCCCUCUGUAAGGAUGCCAGAUCUUCAGGACAUCUCUGAUGCUUUAUCAGCGCUGCAGCCAGAAGCCAUCACUGAUAUUGGUUUUCUAGCAUCCAAGAAAGAACCUCCAGCAGACUACAAUGUUGUUGCACAAACAACAGAUGGCUUUGACGCCAACCUGUGGAAGGACAGCAUAUUCAAAUCCAAGGUCGCACGGUAUCUCUGCUUCACCCGAGCCUCCUCCAACAAAAACAAUCAACUAUGCAACGUAGCAGUGGAUAUGAAGUUGAUUGACUUGAAGGGCUGUUUGCCAGAGGGAUUCACUCCAAUCCAAGACACCAUGGAUACCCAGGAGCAGGCUUUGAGGAAGGAGAGACUGUGUGUGAAGUUGGUCCCCAGACACAGCGCUGAAACAGCUAUAUGUGAUAUUGCUUUACAGGGGAAAUCUAAGCAGACCCUUGCUAAUUACACCUAUAUAGGAGAGCUGAAUAGCAUGGGGAUUUGGUACCAGCUGGGAAAGGUCAUAAAGACACAGGAAACAGCUCACAAAACUCCCUCUGUCUCUACAACCACUUCUUAUGUUGCCAGGCAAAUCCCUGAUUCUACGGCCUUCAGUCCUAAAAAGAGCUUCGUCAGGCCAGAUUAUGAGCACCAAAUCUGUAACCUGUACACCAAAUCAGCUAUGGAUGAUAUACCCUUUAUGAUAUCUAAACAAUCUAACACCACAAACAGAGAAAUGCAUCCAGUCAAUUUAAUGGGAAUUACCAUCAAAUCAACACGAGAGAUUGAGGAGGAAUACAACUAUUCUUUCAACAUUGAACACAGUGCUGCAGCCUUCUCAUGGACCCAGUGACUUUGGAAAUAGAGAACAAACGUUCACCCAUAACGCUGAUUUAAACAAUCAAACUAUGUAGUUAACCCAUAUUUGGUCAACUAACCAACUAUCAGACGUAUUUAUCCAUACACUUUAAAAAAAUCCUGUUGUUUUUACAAAAAAAAACUGGCAGUUGUGGUUGCCAGAAUAAUUAAAAUACAGUAAAAAUGUAAACAACUUUACAGAACAACCUGUACAUUUUACAGUUUAAAAUGGUUGUGAUUUACAUGACCACGCUGGCACUGUAAAAAUAUAUAUAUAUAUAUAUAUAUAUAUAUAUAUAAUAAUACUGUUAAAUUUACAGUAAAGAAGUUUCAUAAAUUUUA